AUGGUACUACUCGAACCGGCCUACCCCAUCCAGCUACCCCAUCCUCCACGCCACCUCAUCCAACAUCACGUCAUCGCUUUUGACUCGCCCAACCAUGCCCACCAUCCGCCUAGCUACCGCUUCCCGGCCACCCAGCCCACCCUCAAAGAGACGCUUGCUCAACUGUCCACCAUCGCCAAACGCGCCUCCACACCGAGUCCCUCCAACGCCGCCAAGCCCGCCGAUAUCCUUGUCCUGCCCGAAGCCUAUCUCGGCGGCUAUCCCCGCGGCUCGUCCUUUGGCUGCGCCGUGGGCGGUCGCACCGCCGAGGGCCGCGAUGAGUUUCUCGAGUAUUUCAAGGCCGCCGUAGAUCUCGGCGACAUUGUCGGCGACGCCGGUGCCGGUGCCGGCGAUGCUUGGGUACGGAGGGAAAUCGGUGGCAAGAGGGCGGCGGCUCCCGGCGGCGGGGCGGGACGGGAUCGUGAACAAGACGAGGUGAGAGGGGACGGAACGAGGGAGGAGCUGGAGAGAAUUGCCAGGGACACGGGCGUCUUUCUCGUCGUCGGACUCGUAGAGAGGGCGGGAGGCAGCCUCUAUUGCGCCGUGGUGUACGUGUGCCCUACAAACGGCAUUCUUGGGAAGCGCCGCAAAGUUCUACCGCGAACGCCUCAUCUGGGCCCAAGGCUCCCCGCCACCCUCAAAGCCGUCUCCACCACCAUCCGCGGCGUGCGCGUCAACCUCGCCGCCGCCAUCUGCUGGGAAAACUACAUGCCCCUCGUGCGCCAGGCCCUCUACGCCCAAAACGUGAACCUGUACCUCGCCCCCACCGCCGACCAGCGCGACACCUGGCUCGGCCUCAUGCGCACCGUCGGCAUCGAGGGCCGCUGCUUCGUCGUCUCCUCCAACAUGUGCGUGCGCCGCCGCGCCGCUGCUAACCCUCGGCUAGGCCUGGCGCCAACAUCGCCCUUCCCCGCGACGCGACGACGACGCGCGGAGAAGACGGCGCCGGCGUCCACCAGGACCACCAACACCAACGCCACAGCCCGGCUCGGCCUAGGAGGAUAUCCGGCACGUAAAAACUCUAUCCUGUGCGAGGACGGCAACGAGAUUGCCCUUCCGGCGCCGAGGAACGGCGGAGAAGACGGUUUCCCCACCGCGCCCAAGAAGAAUCCUAGACGGCUAUCCAUCCCCUGCGGCGACGGCAUGGAUAUCAUCGUGCCCGCCCCCGCCGACCCUCCGACCCGGCCUCGGACGAAUUCCGUACUCCUCGAGGACGGCAACGAAAUCGCGAACCAACCGUCGUCGUCCCCACUUCGUAAAGUGCCCGGCCAAGGAAAGACGGCGCACGAGAGGCAAGGCGAGGCCGCGCAGGAGUGGGCUUCCAGGGGCGGCUCGAGCAUCAUCUCGCCCUUUGGCGAGGUCCUUGCCGGGCCCCAGUGGGAAGAUGACGAGGGCAUCAUAUACGCCGACGUGGAUUUCGACGAUUGCAUCCGCGGAAGGCUGGAUCUCGACACCGCUGGUAGCUAUUCAAGGAACGACUCGUUCAAGUUUUCCGUCCAGGGCCUGGACCUCGAAGCUUUGCCGUACUAA